AAGGACAGUAUAGAGACUCCUGGCCGACCAUUGCAGCACCCUGACACUUCCUUGUCUUUCAUGCCACCCCUCCUCUAGCUUUGCACUUUGUAACCGUGGCUGCAGACUUUUUCCUCACACUUUUGUUUUUUUUUUCACCAUUGUACUAUUUCCAUUCGUUUUUUUCUUUUCUUUUUUUUACUUCAUAGCGUUGUGGACAGAUGUGGAAUCAAAAGGAAAAAGUUUUGCAGCGGAGGAAAUCCUAGACGGCUCGUGGGACAGAGAUGACCUAGCAGAGACGUUUUAGCACAUCUGAAAGGUGUACGGCCGCUUUGGGGAGUGUGUUUGCGAUGGCGCGGAGGCGGAGCUCUGAAUGCCGGGCGCUGCCGGAGUAUGAGAAGAGCCAGAUAAAGAGGACCCUUGAGCUGGGUACUGUGAUGACCGUAUUUAACUACCGCAAGUCCCACCCUGAGCGGAGGACCAUCCAGGUGAUAAUGGAAACCUUCCAGGUGGCUUGGAGCAAGACAGCAGAUAGACUUGAAGGAUUCUUGGAUCUCUCAGAAAUUAAGGAAAUCCGCCAGGGCAAAAACUGCAGGGACUUUGAGCGUGGGAAACCGUCCCGCAUGAAGGAAGAGUGCUGCUUCUCCAUUUUCUACGGAAGCCAGUUUGUGCUCAAUACAUUGAGCUUGGAAGCUGACUCCUUCGAAGAUGCAGAGAAGUGGAUGUGCGGGUUGACUAUCUUAAUUGACGAAGUUAAUUGUGCCCCCACCCCAGCCGUCACGGAAAGUUGGUUGAGGAAGCAGAUCUACUCCCUGGAUCAGACAAGGAAGAACAGUGUUAGCAUCCGGGAGCUGAAGACAAUCCUUCCACAGAUCAACUUUAAAGUGGUCAGCAGUAAAUGGCUGAAAGACAAGCUGGUGGACAUCGGGAUUCCCAAAGACGAUCUCAGCUUUGAGCAUUUACAUUUGUUUUACAAAAAUCUCAUGUUUGAUCAGCAGAAAUCGAUUCUGAAUGAGUUUCGGAAAGAUUCUUCUGUAUUUAUUUUGGGAAAUGUUGACCAUUCGGAUGCGUCUGCCAUUCAUUUACAUGAUUUUCAAAGGUUUUUACAGCACGAACAACAGGAAUCCUCGGCACAAGAUCUUAAUAAAGUCCGUGAAAUCAUGACGAAAUUUAUAGAUGACACUAUGAGGGAGACGGCGGAACCCUUUCUGUAUGUGGAUGAGUUCCUGACCUACUUGUUCUCCGAAGAAAAUAGCAUCUGGGACGACAAGCACGAAAAGAUCUCUGUCCAGGAUAUGAAUAACCCUCUAUCGCAUUACUGGAUCGCUUCCUCCCAUAACACGUAUCUAACCGGGGACCAGCUGCGCAGUGAGUCCUCCACCGAAGCCUACGUGCGCUGCCUGCGGAUGGGCUGCAGGUGUAUUGAAUUGGACUGCUGGGACGGGCCUGACGGAAAGCCAAUUAUUUAUCACGGAUGGACAAGAACAACGAAAAUUAAAUUUGACGACGUGGUGCAAGCUAUUAAGGACCAUGCAUUUGUCACCUCCGAAUACCCACUGAUACUGUCCAUUGAAGAACACUGCAACGUGGAGCAGCAGCGAUACAUGGCCAGAGUGUUUAAGGAGAUGUUUGGAGAGCUGCUGCUGGUGAAACCCACUGAGGUCAGCGCAGACCAGCUGCCGUCACCCACACAGCUGAAGGAGAAGAUUAUCAUCAAGCAUAAAAAGUUGGGGGUCAAAGGAGAUUAUAUCACCAAGGCAGAGGACCAUAAGGAGGAGACCAAACUUCAGGGAGAGCUGUUUAUGUGGGACCCUAUAGACCAGAAAUGGUAUAUUCGUUACUGUGCAAUCGCUGGCGACAAACUGUCCUAUGGUGAUGAAAUUGAGAACACAGAUGACUCUACACCGAAGUCGAUGAAAGAUCUACACCUGCAAGAAAAAUGGUUCCACGGGCGGAUGCACGAAGGGCGCUUCAUGGCCGAGCGACUGCUGCAGGAGUACUGCGCCGAGAUGGGGGGCAAAGACGGAACGUUCCUAGUGAGAGAAAGUGAAUCGUACCGCGAUGACUACACUCUCUCUUUCUGGAGGUCAGGCAGAGUCCAGCACUGUCGCAUCCGGUCCUGUACUGAAGGAGACCACGUGAAGUAUUUCCUGACUGACCACUUAACGUUCGAUAGUAUUUAUGAACUGAUAAAACACUACAGAGAGAACUCGCUGCGCUGCGCCGAAUUUGAGCUGCGAUUGACAGAUGCCGUUCCCAACCCCAACCCUCAUUUAUCUAAGGACUGGUACUAUGAUAACCUGAGCCGCGGAGAGGCCCUGGACAUGCUAAUGAGAAUUCCUCGGGAUGGCGCUUUUCUCAUACGGAGGAGAGAUGAGGCAAAUUCCUACGCCAUUACUUUCAGGGCAGAGGGAAAAGUCAAGCACUGCAAAAUUCAUAAAGAUGGCCGCCUGUUCGUGCUCGGGACUUCGGCCUAUUUUGAAAAUUUGGUGGAACUCGUCAAUUACUAUGAGAAGCACACACUCUACCGGAAGAUGAAGCUGCGGUAUCCAGUGACAGAGGAGCUGUUGGAGAGGUUUAGUGCUGAAAAAGAUAUUAACUCCAUUUACGACGUUAAAUUAUACGUGAAUCCAGUUGAGAUAUCUCCAGCGAUGCCCCAAGGAACGGUUACUGCGUUAUACAGCUAUACGGCGAUGAGGCCGGAUGAAAUGAGCUUUGGCACCGGGGCCCUGAUUCACAACGUGGUGAAAGUCUCUGAGGGAUGGUGGAAGGGGGACUAUGGAGAUAAAAUACAGCACUUCUUCCCCUCAAAUUAUGUGGAGGACAUAUCAACCAAUGAGAACAUUUUUACCAGUCAGAUCGAGGACAGUCCCUUGGGCUCUUUGUGCAGAGGCAUUCUGGACUUAGGAACGUACGGCAUCAAGAAAGAGGCUCACGGGAAGAAUGGCAAAAUGUUUGUCUUCUCAUUGGAACCCCAUAAUCCUGAUGACCCCUCGGUAGAUUUAGCAACUGACAAAGUGGAAGAGUUGUUUGAAUGGUUCCAAAACAUCCAUCAGAUUGUGGGAAAGAAAGUGGCGCAGGAUUUCCUAAUCAGGGACUCGGAGAAGAAACAGGCCAUUGCCCGAGAGCUAUCCGACCUGGUGAUUUACUGCAAGCCCACGACCGAAGCCAAGGACAAUCUAGUGAGACCAGAUUUCCGAGAAGUCCGAUCGUUUGUGGAGAAUAAGGCGGAAAGCAUCGCCAGGCAGAAACCCAGUGAGCUCCUGCAUUAUAAUCGCAAAGCUUUAACCAGAGCCUACCCCAAAGCACCAAGAGUGGAUUCCUCCAACUACGACCCCCUGCGCCUCUGGCUGUGUGGAGCCCAGAUGGUGGCUUUAAAUUACCAGACUCCAGAUCGAUCCAUGCAAAUAAAUCACGCCAUGUUCUCAGCCAAUGGCCGAUGUGGAUACAUCCUGCAGCCAGAGUGCAUGAGACAAGACAACUACGACCCGAGCGAUUCUAAGAGACAGUGGCAGAUGAUUUUGACCAUCAAGGUCCUUGGUGCUCGUCAUUUGCCAAAGCCCGGCCGCGGCAUUGCUUGCCCUUUUGUAGAGAUUGAGAUAUGUGGAGGAGAGUAUGACUUCAAGAAGUUCAAGACCAGUGUUAUGAGUGAUAAUGGGCUAAACCCGGUGUGGACCACGGUUCAGCAGAGCGUGUUUGAGAUCUGUGAACCAAACCUGUCGUUCCUGAGGUUCACCGUGUACGAGGAGGACAUGUUCAGUGAUCCCAACUUCCUAGCUCAGAGCACAAUCCCUAUUACAGGGUUAAAAACAGGGUACCGAUCGGUUCCUCUCAAAAACGGCUUUGGGGAGAAUAUAGAGCUGUCUUCCCUUCUGGUGUACUGCCAAAUAAAGAAAUACCAGGGGAACGGGGAAGAGCUGUACUCGUCAUCAGGGAACUUGCGGAGGCAUAUAAACCAUAAUAAUGAAGUGUCCUUGUACGAAACACAUGACAACAUCAGGGUUCCAAGCAGAGAAGCCAUGGCGAGACAGCCUGUGAAUGACAGCAGGGGGGCUGCGUCGCCGGAUCCCAGAAGCAGACCAGGGCACCGCAAGUUCAGUCACCAAGGUCAGCCCGAUUUCUAAGGUUAGAAGUGAAACGUAUCAGUAACAGCAGAUUUUAUUCUUAACGAUGGCUUGAUAUAUAAGCGCAGUUUCUCGCCUCUCCUGGAAGGUGAAGGCUGUCAUCAACGCAAGCAACUUCCAAGAGGAGGACUGAUUAUAAAUGAAGACUAUUAUUUAGCCAUGGAUACUUGUUAAUGCUUCUCAGCAAAUGGCUACCAUGAACUAUUACUGUAGCAUACUGUUUGCAACACUGGAGACUUUUGCUGCUGUCUUAAAAUAUAAGCAAGGGGGUUGGGUUGGUUGGAAUCACCUGGAAUGUCAAAAGAGUUUGAAGACCUAAAGAACUAUCUCAUGUUGGAUUUGUGUGAGAUCUUACAUGGAACCCUUAUUCUGUUUACGUUGUACUUGUUCCUAGUCUAGAAUAUUUAUGUCCUGGCACUGGAGUAAGUAUCGGGGUAGCAGAUUCUGCGUAGCCCGUGGAGUGGACAUCCAUACUGCCAUAAGGACUUGUUCCACUCGGUGGUAUCUUCAGUCAUCAGGAAUCUUUAGGAGCCCUGUGCUGUUUGAACAUCAACAUCGCAACAGUCUCCAAACAUAAACCAUGGUCAGAAUGGAGGAGGAACGGUGCUCUCAGGUAUGUCCCUUCCUAGGAAUCUUGGGGACACCAAAAAAUAAAUAAAUAAAAAGAUUUGGCACAUGGCCAAAAUGUGGACAGGCCUGGUCUGGAACGUUGGUAGAGAUGGACUUAUUGAUAAUGAGAUACUUGAACUGUGCGUGUAAAUGGAUAAUAGUGUACAACAGUUCCAUUAUUGUCUACUUGUAAGACUUUUCUUAGCAUAUCUUUUUCUUUGCAUAUUUGUCAUUUUAUGGUCUGUUUUAGAACACGAUGGGGAAUAGGGCGCACUUUGGAGUAUAGAGUUUUAUUACCAUCUGUUACCAGUUUUGUCACUGUUCAUUAGGAUUUCAUACAGUAAUAUAGGUUUUAACCCAUGUCAACCUCACGCUGUACUCCAUACAACUGGCCGCAGUUGGAGCCAAUACAAGAAUGACAUCACUGAUACAAUACAGGAAGCCAUCUUUGCUCCUCAAUUUUUAUUUUCAGUAAAAAGUGAGAGAAAAAGUUAUCGAAGGCCACAAACCGUGGCUUGCGCACACCUCACAGGCAACAGACACGCCAGUUUAACGUGAGUACUGAAGAUGUGGCGCAUGACAUGGAGAAAAUGUUAUACAAUUUAAAAAUAUACCUAAGGCCAAAUUGUUUCAUUACACUGCUUACCUGAGAACAAAUGUGACCCCAUACAGCCUAAAAUUAAACAAAAAGACCAAUCUUUCCUAUAACGAUAGCAGCCUAUAGCCUAUUGCCAUAUGUUGGAUUAUGGUAAGAGGUCAGAUAACAAUGUCUAUGUCCAAUUUUAUUUCUAUUAUUUAAGGUUUUAAUAAGAGAGUCCUAAAAUACUUUGACAUCAUAUCUGCCAACUUCCGAUUUAGGCUGGACAGUCCUGAUCCUCAGCUUUUACACUGCUGAUCUGUAUAGCACCUGCCUGUGGUGCACGUGGCAACGAAAGGGCAUUUGUAGGAAAGUACGGUGCCACCUACAUGCCCGCAGGGGUUGUGGUUGCGCCCCCAUUAUGACCCACCUAUACCACCGGCUCCUGCAUACAGUCAGUCAUUGCUCUUUUAUCCUACGUACAGCCCUCCUAGGUGGCGCAGCUUGGAACACAGGUGCAGUGAGGAAUGCUAUAUGGAGGCUGUUCUGCCCAGAGACCAGAUGACCGUACCAUGGUAAGAACCAGGAAUAUGAUGCAUGAACUGACCCCUGCACUUUUUGGACAAAUGACCUCACAUGUGCAGUGACUGGAGUCUUUGCUCAAGCCAGCAAAUCUCUUACAUUAGGUCUGGGAUGACAAGGCAACCUCAGAGAGUUUUCAGUGGAGCUUUAUUUUGGAUCCAGAGAAGCGUUCAAGGUGUGAACGCUCUGGUAGUGUGACUGACACAUUGGAGCCAUUUGGGGGUGGGGAGCGUUUUAGUAAAUUAUGGCAUUGGCCUCAUGUCUGAGGCCUGCGGAAGCCAGCGACUAUGUCUUCCACUGCGGAUUCACUGCCAUCGGCAGCUUAGUUUCGGUGGACAUUCUGAGUGACCUUAGGGUUACCCUGAUGUCUGACGCUGCGUCUUCGGGCACGUACAGAGGAUCCCAGAAGCCAGCGGAGGGUCUUUCAUAUGAUAAUACUGCUCCAGCGUCACUUACACACCUUCCCAGAUCCGCCCCAGCGCCGAUCACUUCUCCGUCCUCCUCUAAAUGAGGCCUUGUGUGCAAGCCAGGUCUAUAUUCCAUAGUUUACAUAACCGGGCCUGCUCGUAGCCAGCAUAACAAUUCUAGUGGUGCUGACGAAUGAAUGUACAGUAAUAUAUUUCACAACUUGCUACGGAGUUGGGCAAAUGAGAAAAUGAAGGAUAAUUUAUUUUCAGGCGUGUUGUUACAAGUACUCCGACGGUGUGUCGCUUCUUCUCAUCCUCUGCAAAAUAUCCCACACGUGCCUUAUACAGCUAUUUGUGAAAGGACGCAAUGAACAACACACAACCUUUAAUUUAUCAUUGUCAACUUCUAUAGAGAAUACCUCCGCUUGCAUCAUUUGUUUAUCGUCUAUUUUGAAAUAAAGGUUUGCAGUGAUUGGA